GGGCUGCACGCGCCCGCGGCUCGCCUUCUCUCCCCGUGAGAAAUCCACGCGCAGGGCGGAAGAGACCGGCGGCGAUACGGCAUCGGCGGGGUGAAAUGAGCGAAGAGACGAGGGCAUCGAAGGAGUCCACACAUGGGAGCAGCAGUGCCGCCUAAUCAGUGCUCAUUUGAAAGAAUCUGCCAAAGGACGCUUUGGAUGAACUCUCAUGUCCUCAGAUUCAAACAGCUAAAUUCAAGGAUCUAAAUGGAGGGGAAAAAACAAACACUGGCCCCAGCAAGUGGAUGAUUGUACAGUGAAAACGGGGCUGCAGAGGGUUGUAUGGCUGCCAAAUUCCCAUCCAAGACGCACCACAUCUCCUCAAUCGACCGCCUCCACCUCCCUCUCUUUCCUCCCUUCAUUUGCUUCUCGUCGGCCUUUCGUCCAUUCUCCUUCUCUCUCUCCCAUGGGAGUGACAUAGAGGCUUGCUUUGCUGCCCCGCCUCUUCCUCGCGUUGCUGUGGAAACAGGGGCAUCCAGGUAGUGAUGUCGUGGAAGAGGAACUACUUUGCGUCGGGCGGAGGAGCAGUAGGUGGGGUGCACGGGUUGGUGAACCCGCGAACGAUGACCUCCAUUGCGCCCAGCAAAGGCCUGAGCAACGAGCCGGGACAGAAUAGCUGCUUCCUCAACAGCGCCCUCCAGGUUUUGUGGCAUCUCGACAUCUUCCGCAGAAGUUUUCGACAGCUCACCACCCACAAGUGCAUGGAGGACUCAUGCAUCUUCUGUGCUUUAAAGAGUAUUUUUGCUCAGUUCCAGUUCAGCAGUGAGCGCGUGCUGCCUUCAGAUGCACUGCGGAGCGCUCUGGCCAAGACCUUCCAAGACGAACAACGAUUUCAGCUGGGCAUCAUGGACGAUGCUGCUGAAUGCUUCGAAAAUCUCUUGAUGCGCAUCCACUUCCACAUCAGUGCUGAGAGUAGAGAGGACAUCUGCACAGCCAAACACUGUAUACCACACCAGAAGUUUGCCAUGACUCUGUUCGAACAGUGUGUGUGCAACAGCUGUGGAGCCACGUCGGACCCACUGCCCUUCAUUCAAAUGGUUCAUUACAUUUCCACCACAUCCCUCUGUAACCAGGCAGUGAGGAUGCUGGAAUGCAGAGAGAAGCCCACACCAGAUAUGUUUGGGGAACUGCUGCGCAAUGCCAGCAACAUGGGAGACCUGCGCAACUGCCCUAGUAACUGUGGCGAGGUUUUGCGAAUCCGCCGGGUGCUGAUGAACUCGCCAGAGAUCGUGUCCAUCGGCCUGGUGUGGGAUUCCGAUCACUCCGACCUGGCAGAGGAUGUCAUCCACAGUCUGGGAACCUGCCUGCGCCUGGGAGACUUGUUCUACCGUGUGACAGAGGAGAGGGCUCGCCAGGCAGAGCUCUACUUGGUGGGCAUGGUGUGCUACUACGGCAAGCACUACUCCACCUUCUUCUUCCAGACCAAGAUUCGCAAGUGGAUGUACUUCGACGACGCCCACGUCAAAGAGAUCGGCCCUAAGUGGAAGGACGUGGUGUCGCGCUGUAUCAAAGGCCACUACCAGCCCCUGCUGCUGCUGUACGCUGACCCCCGUGGGACGCCGGUGUUACUGCAGGACAGCCCAAACUGUUCCAGCUCUAACACGCAACUGGAGCUCCUGCACUGCAGCAGCAAGGCCGGCUACGACAGCGAAGACUCUGGACGGGAGCCGUCUAUAUCCAGCGAUACUCGUACCGACUCGUCUACUGACAGCUCGAGCCACCGUGCCUCUCACAGCCGACCUCUCCACCAGUACACAGGCGGCCACCUCUCCAGCGAAUCCCAGAACAAAGUGAUCUGUAAUUACAACAUAGUCACCCCGCUGCACGGUGCUGCUGCUGGAGGUAAUGCUCCCUUCACUAGCAAAGUGGCAGAAAAAAAAGUCAGUGAUCAUUAUGGUGAACUCUCUCUCUCCUUUCCAUGGCUCUUGCCUUCACAAUCAGUGGUGGAGGGUCCUCCGCACCCUUCCUCUCCUCCCCUGCAGGAGUACAAGGAGACGGCUGUCUACCUGCUCUCUUCCCGUCGGCCGCUCACCUCUUCCUCCUCCUCCUCCCGUCCACUGUCCUCCUCCUCAUCUUCAGGACUGGGGGGUUGUGAGGGUGGGGCUGGGGGGCCCCACUGGGAGAAUGAAAGCACCAGCAGUGAGAGCAAGUCCAGUUCUUCUGGAGGUCACUACAGGCCAACCUGGAGGCCCAGAAGAGAGGCUCUAAAUAUCGACAGCAUCUUCACAUGCCAGAGAGGCUCCUUUUUGGGCUACAACACCGUACCUGGGCCACCUCUCCAACAAGAACCCCAGGACUCCGUCCCUUUGGCAGGACCUGCUCUACCAACACAGCCAGGGUUAGAAGACGUGGAAGGGAGGGAAAAGAGGGAGCUGGAGGCGGAGUUUGGGCUGGUCGGACAGCCCAGGUCUCUGAGCAGCGGUCGGACAAUGGGUCCCCCUGCCCCUCCACCUCUGAGAGGGGUGGAGCACCAGCCACGUCUAAUUCAGAGGAUGGAGAGUGGCUACGAGAGCAGUGAGAGGAACAGCAGCAGCCCUGAUAGAGAGGUGGGACAACAGAAGCGGGUGCUGAUGUCAGGGCCUUCAUGGCGCUCUGUGCCAAAGUCAAAAAGCAGCGGUGCCAUUUUGCAGGAGUUACCUUCACAAAGCCGCAGCAGUGCAGGCUUAGGGCGCAGUGAGCUGGAUGAGCUGCAGGAGGAGGUGGCGAGGAGAGCUCACCAGCAGGAACAGCAGAAGCGAAGAGAGGCAGAGCGGGAAGCAGCCAUGGGAUUCAACCCUAAACCCAGCAAAUUCAUGGACCUGGACCAGCUCCAACACCAGGCUGUGCUCAGACCCCUGCAUGAGGCUAACGCUCAUAGGGGAUUGGCUAUAGCUGCGUGCAUGAGGAGUACUGGUGGCCCAAUCAAACGCAGGCAGGAACAGGAAAUGGAACGGGAGACAGGAAGCGCCCGCCCACAGGGUUCUCGCAGUGAACAGCCUGGCCCGGUCCAAGUACUGCUGACACCCAAUCAAGAGGAGGAAGAAGACCAGGUGGCACCCAACCAGGAUGUCGCCCUGUGCCCGGACCUGCCCCCUCCACCCUAUCGCCCCCCUCCUGUUCGACCCCCGCUCACGCUCGCCAUUGCUCACCCUUGUGCCCCUUCUGGCCAAGGUGGAGAAGAGGAGGGCGGGUGCGUGGGGAGGAGAGGGGAAGAAGGGGAGGACAGGAGGGAGGGAACGGGGGUGAGGCUGUGCGAGUUGCUGCAGGCAGGGGGGGUGAGUGUCAAACCUCUUGGGAAGCACUUGGCCAUCUCUCUGCCCUCGCUUCCUCUGCGUCUCUGGGAUACACACUCCACACACACACACCUCGUGCCCACACACACCUACACUUCCCCUCCACCCUGCAAUCACCCGCCUUCUCUCCCUCUGGAAGCCUUUGUCCAAAAGAAGCCUCUCACACCUGUGUGGCAGCCGCCCCGGCCUCAUUCCUCUACAGAUGCAGUUCAGCAUCAACGGGAACGCAGCACCGCCACCGCCGACAGCGGCAUACGCCACUGGUCCUCCUGGAGUUUAGACCGGCCCGACGCAGUGGUGACUCCGUAUGACACGCCCCCAGACCGCUGUGUUCCCAUCAGACCGCAGCCAUCCAGUCAAAGCUACUUCUACAGCUGCCAGUCGUCACCUGGACAAAGCAGCUCCCAGAGUGCCGCUUGCUGUGACCAUGAAGAGGCAGAGCUGUCUGAGUUUGAUUCAAUUUACCAGGCUAGUCUGGUGUCUGGAAAACCAGGCUGCAGCCCAUCAGAGAGGCUCAUAUCCAGGGUGGGAGGACAGACUCGCUCCAAGACCCCCAGCGCAGACAUGGAGAGGAGUGUGUACGGCGCCGACUGCACGAGCACCCCCACCUACCUCAACAAGCCAAUGCUGUUGCGGGAUCUGCGUUUGGGGGCGGAGCCUGACGAUGGGGAAAACCUGCGGCGAAUCGGGCGCAGCCUGAGCGGCACGGUAGUGACCUCACGCCGCAGCCGCCUGACUGCAACUCGCAGCUUUGAGCUGUCCGGUGGUGCGGGGAGUUUCUGGCUGUGUCUAACGGGGGUCAAGCUGUCCUCGGACCGGAGUCCCGCUCUGCUUCACUAGCGUGUUUCCCCGCCCACUUCUGCGCCUCGCAGGACAGCGGUGCGUUCUUUGGCGGAGAGCUGGAACUGGCUGCGGAGGAUCGGCUCCACACCUACUUUUGCUGCUCUUCUCGCCCAAACAUGCACUCGCCAACACAUGCACGCACAUCUGCACUGACGUAGAGCCUCCCCGAGCGCCUGCAGCACCCCGCUUAGCCCCUCUUUGCCUUCUUGUCCC